AUGAAUAGUAUUAGGAUAAAAUUAUUUAAUUCAAAAAAUAAGAUUAUUGGAAAUAAGGGAUUUACACCCUUAAACAGAUUUAUGACCAAAUAUAAUUUUGGUACAAAUGAUAAAAGUAAUGAAAAUGGAAAAGAAAAAAAACCUAAUGGUUUACAAAUUGAAUGUGAGAUUAAAAGCCCUUUAAAAGAAUUUAUAAAUACAGACACAGCAUCAAGAGUUUUUGUUUUAAAAUAUGCAUGGAAAUAUAUUAAGGACAAUAAUUUACAAAACCCAGACAUGAAAAGAAAAAUUAUCCCUGACAAUAAAUUAAAACAAGUGUUGGAAAAAGAUGAAGUUGAUAUGCUCGAAAUCCCAAAGUUGCUCUUCAAACAUGUCGUAUCACACAGAAAGGAAUGA